CCUAACUUUCUCUCACUUCCUCCAUUAAACCCCAACCUCUAAAAACUUCCAACCACCAUAUCUCCCUCAAAUCUCCACCAAAUUCAAUAAUCUUUUCACCAAAAUCAUCCUCUCACCAUCCUCUACAACCUAUACCCAACCGAUUUCAGUUUCCUCCAAUCCCCACAAAAUCCCCAAAUUCACCCAAAAACCUCAAAGAAAUUCAGAUUUUCAACCAUGGGUGACCGACCAAGGAGGAAUUGCACAAGGGUACCAAGGAAUCAGCAUGCAGCUUCGACGAGCCGAGCUCGGGAGCCGACACCACCACCUCCGCCGCCGCAAUUUGAGCCCGACACGGAUUUUCCGGAUGUCAUUUUCGUUUCGGAGGGGCAACGAGCACGUUUCAUCCACCUCAAACUGAGGGAGGUAAUCCCUACUCGCUUUAUUUGCCAAAAAUCUUUACAUGACAUGGGUAUUGAAAGUGAUGUCAAGCGUGUCUUUGUUGGUGUUGGAAUGAGAAACAUGUAUAGCAUGCUCCGUCUCACAUUUAGACGGUUAACUCUGGAAUUUUUGAGUAGUUUCAAUGUGCGUAGAGAUGGUUAUCGAACCGUGUCGUCGGUUCAAUUUCGUGUGAUGAACCGAACUUUCACCAUUAGUUUAGCUGAUUUUGGUAGGAUUUUUGGGUUGUCUACCACCUAUAGUAGGAAACCUAAGGAAACCCAUAAUAACUGUGAAAUGCGGGGAAAGCUUACGGGUAAUGCCAAUCCCGGGAGCAUGCAACAUUUGCAUGCUUCCAAGAUACAACACCCGGUCCCUAUUGUCUUCUACAGGUUUCUGGGAUUUACGAUCUUUGGUAGGGAUGAGACCCAAAAUAUUAGGAGUACGGAGCUUGAGAUUUUAGGUGGCUACGUUUUAGAAGGGGAGGAUAGCUACAAAAUGAACCUUGCACACCAUAUGGCCUCCCAAUUCUAUUCCAUAGCCACUUCCACCCAUACUACUCGUAUUCCCAUUGGUGGGUUGAUCACCCACAUAGCCAUGGCCACGACCAACUUUACUGAGGCUAACCAGACUCCAGUUCUGGGUAGCAACCUACUUGACUUGGCUUACUUUGCUGGACUCCGCCGGCUACAGGGGGAGCAUGGGUUGUUUAGGCCGGGAGCCAUGUAUUGGAUGUUUGAGGGAAACAGGAUUUUCACCUUGCCUGACCCUCAAGGCCGCACUAGUUUCAGACCCGGUCAGGCUCAUUACUUGUAUGUUGGAUUUGGGCAAGAGCCUCAGCCUGACCCCCAACCUCAGCCUGACCCACAGCCAGAGCCCCACCAGUACCAGCCAGAGCCUCGCACCUACUUUAGGAGGGGGCGUCGAGACGCGGGGAGGACCCAGGGUGGCCCGGUAGUAGAUGAGGAGCAGGGGUCCAUUCAUGAGCGGUUGAGCAGACUUGAGCUCGGGUUCCAUGAGUUCGCAGCUGAUCACCAGAGGACCAUGUUCCCGUUCUACGAUCAGUAUGCCAGGCAGGGCUACAUUGCCCCAGAUUAUGAGCACCCUACCUGGUAUACCUAUCCCGCGGAGGGAUAUGGAGCUCCGGGUUCUAUGGGCACCUUCACACCUACCUAGUACGGAGGGUUUGGAGCGGGUCCUAGCGGGCAUGGUGGCAGAGAUGAUGGUGAUGAUGUUGAUGAUGAUGGCGGCCAAGGCCGUCACUGAUGAUGAUGAGGAUCGAGCUGGUUCGAUACCCCUUGAGCCAAUGAGGACAUUGUCUGAUUUGGUUUGAGGGGGUUUCACAUUACUUGUACAUUGUAGGCCACUAUAUGAGCCCGAGGAAGUUCGGGACCUCCAUCGUCGACUUUCGGGAGCCAUGGAUGCUUAUGGUUGAGCCCCGAGAGUUAGACUCGGUGAUAUGGGCGAACUAUAUUGAAGAUUGCAAAUCGCCCUGGAAGCUGAGGGCGAAAUGCAACCAUCGGGCGGAAUUGAAGCAAUUUAGACUCAUCAACGCGCGCCCGAUCGGGCGCAGCUCGCCCGAUCCGGAUCGGGCGGUCAUCCGGAAGCUUAUGUGGAGAGUUCGCAAACCGCCCGAUCGGGCGGAUUUUGGCCCGAUCGGGCCGACUAUCGAGUGCAUCGCCCGAUCGGGCGAAGCGACGCCCGAUCGGGUGACGGCAACCUCCUGCACUUAUGCGCGAGUUUUCUUUCCGUUUUUUGGCUUGUAUUUUGGGCAAACUAUAAAUACUAGCCCCUUAUAUUUUUAGAGACACCUUAUUCUCUAGUAUCAAACACUUAGUUUAUUUUCCUAAGCUUAGUUUUCUCUCUAAUUUAUCCCAAACACUUAGUUUUAUUUCCAAUCAAAAGUUCAAACU